CUUGAAUUCUGUGUCUUUCCAGUCAAUAGUUUUUUUUUUUUUUUUGAGUUUGUUCUUCCAUUUUCCUUCCCUUUUCUUUCUUUUUUUCAUUAUUUCUUUUCCUUUUUUUUUCACCAGUAUAAAAGUUUGACUUUUUUCAAGAUGACCAAUAAAAUAUCACCAGAAAAACCACCGGUGACAUUUCUUGAUCAUCAAGCUAAUACACCUACUUCUAUUUGGGGCUUAUCAGCACUUUCAUUAGCAACUUUACCACUGUCAGCUAGAAAAGCACCUGGUAUGCCAUCUGUCAUUCAAUCUUUGUUAUUUACUGCCAUUUAUGGAGGAGCAGGAUAUGUCACUCAUGUUGGAGAUAGUGAAAAUGGAGCUGGUAUUGCAACAGCUUGGUGUUUAUCUUGGUCUUUUUUAAAUGCAAAGAAAGCUAUUUUAUCAUGUAAACCUGUACCAUUAUUGAUGGUAGCAGCUACUAGUUGGAACAUUCUUGUGUAUGGUAACAAGACUUUGAAAGUGAAUGGUUACAUCUAAAAUUAUAUAUAUUAUGUAUUUUAUUUAUUUUUUUCUUAUCAAUAAAAAAGAUAUCAUCAUUAAUCAUCAUUAUAUAUAAGAGAAAAAGAUCAUUCGAUAUUUUUUUCUUCAUUUAUUUUUAUAUAUAUUAAGUUAAAAC